UAAAGUACCUGUCACAACCUUUUCUGUUACCCUAAGUAGUGCACAAUUCACCCUAUAUGGAUUCAUUUGGGAUUUAGCCUGCGAAAUAACUAGUUGUUAAAGCACUUCUUUACAUCAACCGACGCUUGAGAAGAAAUGAAAAACGUUUUGCUACACAGCUAGUCAGAACUUCCGUGCUACAAGUGUUUCGCAAGAUAACCGCAGGGAGUGAGAGAGAGAGAGAGAGAGAGAUAUGAGCUUUUUCGGCUUUGGCCAAAGCGCAGACCUCGACAUAGUGCUGAACGAUGCCGAGACACGGAAGAAAGUCGAGCACAAGAGCGAAGAUGGCAAAAGGGACAAGUACUUCCUCUUCUAUGACGGCGAGACAGUGAGCGGAAAAGUCAACAUCACACUGAAAAACCCGGGCAAGAGACUCGAGCAUUAUGGCAUCAAGAUCGAGUUCCUGGGUCAGAUUGAGCUGUACUAUGACAGAGGCAACCACCAUGAGUUUGUCUCCCUGGUUAAGGAUCUGGCCCAUCCUGGAGAACUUUCCAGCUCUCAGUCUUUCAACUUCGAGUUUUCUCAUGUCGAGAAGCCAUACGAGGCGUACACAGGCCAGAACGUGAAACUCAGGUACUUCCUCCGUGCGACUAUAAGCCGUAGACUGACCAACAUCACCAAGGAACUGGAUGUCGUAGUGCACACGCUGUCCUCUUAUCCUGAGUUAAACUCGUCCAUUAAGAUGGAGGUUGGCAUUGAAGACUGUCUGCACAUUGAGUUUGAGUAUAACAAAUCCAAAUAUCACUUGAAGGAUGUGAUUGUGGGGAAGAUCUACUUCCUUCUUGUGAGGAUAAAAAUAAAGCACAUGGAAAUUGAUAUAAUAAAACGAGAGACAACAGGCACAGGACCCAGCGUAUAUCACGAAAACGAAAGCAUCGCCAAAUACGAGAUUAUGGAUGGAGCACCAGCGAGAGGUGAAUCAAUCCCCAUCAGAUUAUUUCUCUCUGGCUAUGAGGUGACGCCCACCAUGAGAGAUAUCAAUAAGAAGUUCUCUGUGCGAUAUUAUCUCAACCUAGUCCUGAUCGACGAGGAGGAGAGACGCUACUUCAAACAGCAGGAAAUCACACUGUGGAGGAAAGGAGACAUCGUAAAAAGGAGUAUGUCCCAACAGGCCACCAUAGCUGCUCAGAGAUUUGAGGGAUCAAGACCUGCAACUGCGUCGAUGCAAGCGAAAAUGGACGGCAGUUAAAUGAAAUGUUAUUUGUUUAUAUAUAAAGUCCAGUACAGUAUGUAGAUCCUAUGGGAUCAGCAGCACAGGGGUUCAGGAUUCAUGGGAAAGAAAAUCAUUUACAAACAUCAUCCAGGUGCAUCGUUUUUAAACAGGUUAAAGUUUUUCUUCCAAACUUGUUGAUUAUGAGUAAGAAGGUGCUAUAGGAGCUUCCUAUUCAAAAUAUUGCUUUUUAACUAACAUUUAUAAAGUACAUUCAGAAACAUUCCUUUUAUCUUUAUGAACAAGUGAAUACAAAUUAAUAUUAUGUUGUUUCUGUCCUGGUACAUGAGCCUCAAGUAAACACUGGGAAAUUUAUAUUUUG